AUAUCACUACUGCCAAAACUCUUCAAAACUGUCUUUAUCAACAUGAUCAUCAUGUUACCAAUAGUUGCAGUUAUAUGGUAUCAGCUGUGCCAAUGGCGAGGAAUAAGUUGCGGAUAUGACGUACCUACACUUCCCAGGAUCCUGUUCGACUUAAUCGCUGCCAUUAUUUGUGAGGAAAUAUUUUUCUACUAUUCGCACAGGUUGUUCCACCAUCCGUAUAUCUAUAAACGUGUUCACAAAAAGCACCAUGAGUGGACGGCUCCCAUAGGACUCGUAGCUGUAUACGCACACCCCAUAGAGCACGUCUUAUGUAACAUCAUACCGGUAUUUUCUGGCUCCUUGAUAUUUGGGUCGCACCUGCUAUCAGUCUGGCUGUGGUUAUUUGUUGCUAUGUGGGGGACAACCAUCCACCAUUCGGGAUACCAUUUCCCAUUGCUGCUCUCAUCGGAAUUUCACGACUUUCACCACUUAAAAUUCAACUAUUGUUUCGGGCUUCUGGGUGUCCUCGAUUACCUUCACGGCACAGAUGUUCUGUUUCGCAAAAGCAAAGCAUCUAAACGACACAAGACUUUGUUUGGUAUUACACCGUUAUCUAAGAGUAUCCCGGAUGAAAAGCAAUAAAGUUCCCGGAUUAAACGAAUCUAUAUUAUUGACAACAUAAUCACAAUUAGUUUAUUGUAAACUAUGCUCAGAACGCUGAGAUGCCAAUUUGGUUUUAACGUGAGUGCUCUUACCCGUCGUGUAUCGGUGCCUACCGAUUUUCCACAACUCCGUCAUUCUGCUAACUUCAUACGAUUUUAACACAGAAGAAACCUAUUAAUAUUAAUAUAUUAAUUCAUUAUUAAAAUAUUAUAAUGUGAC